GUCCGUCUUGAGAAAUUGCAUUAAACUUGAGGCUUGAAGCUGAGAAAAGGCAUUUUCAACUUUUCGCGAUACAACACAGUUCAUCAUGGCGGCAACAUCUUCCCCGCUGGCUACGACAUCCUUUAUUCUGGGAACCGUCACUUUCGGCGGCGGUGCCAUUGGCUUUGCCAGAACUGGCUCUGUUCCCUCCAUUGCCGCUGGCUCUCUGGUUGGCAUCUUGUACGGCGUCGGCGGAUAUCGCACUGCCACCAAUGCGAGUUACGGCGUAGAACUAAGCUUUCUCGCCUCCGCCAUCCUGGGAUUCUCAUCCAUUCCUCGAGCAAUCCGCGGCAGGAAGCCCGUUCCUAUUGUGCUCAGCAUCAUCUCACUCUUUGGCCUCUACACUUUUGGCAAAGCGCUGCGAGCGGCUGCUUAACUGGGGGGCAUCCUGGCGUAGUCGUUGAUCAGUGAAGAGGGAUAAAAUAUGUAUAGCUACUAAAUAAACCUCAGCAAUUCGUUA